AUGGUUGGGGUACCCCGGAGUACUGGUUGCCAGCUUUGCAGAACCAGGAAGGUCAAAUGUGAUGGUCUCAGACCCGCCUGCAGCAAUUGCUCCAAGUAUGGCACUGCGUGUCCAGGAUAUGAUCGCGAUAUCAAGUUCGUCAAUAAUAAUACUGGAAAACACUUGAUCCGCCAACGCGGUCGAAGAUCAGGAACCGUCGAGUCAUCAUCCGCUAGAUCUUUGUCUAGUAUAGCUGCGUCUGAUGAGACCGAGAACACAUAUACAACCAAUUCAUCAACGUGGUCUCUGGUAAAGACCUCACCAACCCUGCUGAAGCCGGGGCUGCCAAGAGGGCCACUUCUGAUUAACAUGGUAGAGGUAUCCUCUAGCUACUCUCAGUCCACUGAUGUAUUUACACUCUUAUCAUGGUUAAAUCUUGAUCGAUUAGGAAAACGAGCUCUCCUCGAUGGCGCCGUUUGCUCUUUUGCUUUGCAUCUCGCUGGCAAAGCAAGCUCCAAUACGGCUCUAGUCGCUCAAAGCCGGACUAUAUACGGCCUGGCACUCAGUGAACUACAAGCAGCUCUCCGACACUCCACAGAAUGGAAGACACCUGAGACUUUGUGCGCCGCUAUACUCCUAUGCUACUUCGAGCUAUUUGCUGGAACCAGCAGCUCCGAAACCUGGCUCCAACAUGCCAAAGGCAUUGGUACUUUGAUGGAACAGCGAGGGCCAGCCGCUCAUGCAGAGGGUUGGGAUGCCGCCAUGUUACUGUCGUUUCGUGGCGUUCUUAUAAUAGGCGACUUUUUCUACCCCGGCGAGGAAGAGUUAUUCCUGUCACGGCCGGAAUGGAAUCGAGUUAUGUUUGAUGGUGGAAGACGCCUCAUUUACAAUCCUGAUACCCCAAUCAGUCAUAUUCGCGUUGGUGAUGGCUUUCUCGCGAACCUGACACAGCUUUCGCCUGUCAUACACUGGGGCUAUCUCGUUCGCGAAGCCAACAGGGCUGGCAUCUCUUUUGAGUCUGGCAAAGUCUCCGCCUUGGCCCAGAUGGCUCUGGUAAGCCAUGCAAGAUUCGUGCGAUGGUACGAAGAGUUUGACGCUCUUGACUUUCCACAUCCUGUUGAGACUUUGCCCACUGAUCCAGCGACUUCGUUGUUCGAGACGGUAUUGGAACAUCAAUCGGCGGCGGCCGGGUCGUUGCUCAUGGGAUAUUGGGCGAGUAUGCUUAUUCUUGAAGAAACACUGAUCGAAUGCGGGACACCACGAGCCAAUGCAGGUGUAUCCUCUCGAUAUUUUGUGGAACAGAUACUGCGCUCGAUAGAAUCUGUAGCACAAGGCGCCAUGGGACCGUAUCGAGUCGGGUUUGCUGUGCGUAUUGUGUAUGAGUUUGCAACUGGCGAAGAGCAGAGAUGGAUUGCCAGUCUCUUGGAUAAGUUCUCCAAGGGUUAUGCGGCUGUUGACAAAAGAACGUACCCUAAGCCAAAGGACGACAUUAUUGAAUCGGUCGGAGGAGGUGUUUAUUAG